AUGUCUGUUCUGAGCCCGAGCAAGCGCUUCCGACGUGGUGGUGAAAAUAACAUCGCCUGGAUGGCGCUCUCGCACAGACCAGGUCCCUCACAGCUGCCCUCACAGCUCCAACCCUGCCCUCCCCGUGACUCUCCCUCCUCGUCCCCUCUCGCGAACACAUCCCCGCUUCUCGUCACUCACCUGUCUCCCCGCGGACAGACGCCCAGGGCUCACGCCCACCCACGUCCGUCCGUGCCCCUGACCCCGACUCGUCCAUCUCGAUCCACCCGUCUACAGUCGCUCUUGUUAACGCAUGGCUGUCCCCAUCCAUCUCCAGAACGCCGCCCAAUCCCCUCCCAACCAGAUCGCCCGAUGCACCCACGCUCUUCCCCGCGACUUCAUCCUGUGCGCCCCGACCGCCCACAACUUAUGACCGACCCUUUGGACGCCCGACAAAGCCUGGCCUCACAGAGUGGCAACCUGCGAACUGAGACCGCUGGAUGGUCGACCCGUACUCUAUGUCGCCCGCCCGCGCACAAUCUCCACUGGCGUCUCAGCGAAGCAAUUGCUCACCCUGACUCGCAUGUCUUUGUCUUGACUGUGACCCAACGGUACUCCUCGGCCUCCCACACGAAUCCCCGAUCUUUUGUUCUGCGGAAACGAGAUCAUCGGCGGAGACUCCCAUCUUCAGUUCCCCCGCUCGCCGACGCGCGCCUGCAUCCUACACAUCCGCAUUUUGAUGAUCUCAUCUCUAAUCGCGGCUGCAUCUGGCUUGCAUCCUCCUCCAUCCUCCUGCUCGCUUUGCUCACUCUCGACCACGCGCGGACCCAGAUGAACGACCACAAGCCACUGAACCCUGACCCAAUCAUGUCUUGCCUCCCGCUCUCACAACAACAACUAUCAGUUCUGAGUGCUGCGCAGGCCCUGGCGCUUUCAACCCCGAGCAUUGUUCCACUUCUCGCCCGAGUUGUCCGGCUCAGCUCUGAUGCCUAUCUCGGCCUCAACUGCUACGCAGCGCCUGCAGUUCCCUCCGGCGUCUAA